UAAUUUUUUCUUUUCAAAAAAAAUACUUCAAAAUUAUUUGUUAGCUACAAUUUUUCUACUUCCCAUGUAUUAAUAACUAUGCCGGGCAAGAGGAAAAUAAAAUGUGAUGGAAAAUAAACAGACUUCAUCAAAGAAAAAAUUGAUAUCCAUCCGAGAAGAGAAACUUAUACGUGAAGUGAAUUACGACGGCCUCGUCGGGGCUUCGCCUCGUCUGUCAAAGAAGGAGCUGUUACUGGACUUAGAAAUUCUAAAAAAGGGUCAAUCUCGUCAUCCAGCUUUACAAAGAGUUCUCGUCUCGAUCAAGCCAAGACAAGUGCCGGCCAUCAAAACCCUGUACAUUGCAGAGAAGAGUAGAUAUUACAAUAAGAAGAGUUCAAAACGAUCAGGUUCAAGACUAGCAAUUGGAGACCAUUCUUCCUUUGUGACUCGAUACAGCGAAGAUGAUUCCGAUCAGUUUUUGAAAUCAGUAGCCUGCAUACCUGAAAAGCAGACGAAAAAAAGUGAAAUUGAAUGUAGAAAAGUUUCUUCAAGUUCUGAACAGGUAGAAACGUCAACCACCGCUUCGAAAUGUUUUCUUGCUAAAUAUCAAAACGCAGUUAGUCAACCCCUCGCAAGAUAUUAUGCACGCAAUCCAACCUCUAAUAUGAAUUCUCUUAACGUUGAUGUAACAACUAACGAACAAAAUAAGCCAGAUAAAGUUGAUAUUUCUACAUAUAUAUUCUCAAAUACGUCACUUCAACAAUCACCUUUGCCUUCCCAAAGUACCUUAAAUAUGUUACAUAAAAGAAUCGAAACUUUAGAACGUAAAAUUUUAAGGCAAGAAAGGGUUUUUCGUUCUAUUGAUCCUAAUAUGCAUCUAUCUUCGUCAGAUGAAGAAUCGAAAGGUUUCGCAAUGAGAAAUAUAUCUGGGACGGCGCACCCAGGUUGUAGCUACAUUCAACAAUAUAGUCAUAUUCCUGAAACAUCUGCAUUCCAAAGAUAUAACCAGCAACAAACAGCACCAUUAUCUCCAAGUAAAGCUGCCACUUUAGAAAAAGAGCAUAAUUCAGAACAAUACGGAAGGGACUUUACUACUUACGAUGGUAUCACUGCUAGAGGCCGACGGCAGUGCGCAUCAGUGCCAUGUAAACGAGAAGAUGUACCAAAAAUGGCCGCCGAGAGAGUACACAAAAUUCGACACAAACUUAAUCCAGUACGAGAUUACAGACUUAUGGAUACUGUUCAUUACUUAGCUCAAGGCGAAUUCGCACCACGUGACGAUGGCAUUAAAUUGACACCAUCUAGAGAAGGAGUUCUCAGUGAUAUAAUAUGGGAAGAUGUUUGCCGAACCCAUUGGCCAAAUGCUCGCUUAGGUCGUAGACUACCCCAUACAGACCGUUAUAAUAUGAGAUGUGAAUUGCAGAGGCUAAUAGAUAGUUUGUUAAGAGAAAGAGUAGCACAUGUCGAAAGAAGAAAACGGCGACAUUACAGAAUUGUGAAAUUAAACCAUCGUCAUGAAAAUUGCAGACCUGUUGGUAAGACUGGUGAUAUUAUAGUUGCGAGCCACAAAGAUAGACAUGAAGAAAACAAAGAAGCCGCCUUAAGUGAUUACAACACUGGCGGCACAUCAAAUUUAGAAAGGCAUCGUGAAAAUGGAAACACGCGUAAAAGUCAUAGAAGCCAUGAUCGCUUGACGUUUCAAGAUACACGACAAAGAAGGCACAUGAGAGAAGAAGAGUGUGUUGCUGGGCCAAGUUACGCCGCUCAUCGGACUUCAAACAAUCGAGAAGCCACCUGUUGCUAUCACACUUCUAGUCCAACUAAACUUGAUAGAGGUACAGCUCCUACAACCUCAACUCGGGGUAAUAUAAUUAACAAUUUAACAAGUGCCAGUAGUAUCUCAACGAACAAAUAUCAAUCAAGGAAUCCUCGUUUGGUAGUCAAAAAGGAAGCUUCAAGACGAAAGUAUCAAAGUAAAGACGAGCCUGAUCUUGAGCACUACAUCUUACUACCAACGUUAGUCGUCCGCACGCCGUCCAAUGUAAAACGUCAAAAGAAAUUUAAUGAACUGUAUCACCGCAUCUUAAAUGUUCAAUUAAAGAAUGCUGAUACAAAUGCCGACAGACAACAAUCUCAAAAUAAUAAUGAAAAGCCUUCCACUAAAGCAGAUGUUAAUAUCAACACCGUACUUUCAGAUAGUUCAGAUCGGUAUUUCAACUUCUCUGAAUUAUACGAAUCAGUAACGGUUCACCAAAAAACGCGAGUGCAAAGAAAUGAAGAUGAUGUAAAAUCUAUAACUCCUUUUCAAGAUGUUCAAGAGUUGCACGGAACGGCUCUGAUUUACAGCAUGACAACAGAAUUAAAUACCGAUGUAAAAAUUACAAACAUCCAUUUUAAUAAUUCAGUCAGUGCCUUGCCUGAAGAGCAGAAAAAACUAUGGAUUUUAAGAAACUAUAAACCAAUAGAUAUUAACGACUGGACUAUAGAUACAGAUAUUUUUAAAGGGCAAAAUCUCUAUCUGCCUUUACAGAAAACAAAUUUAGACUUUAAGCCCACAGAUACCAUGGCUCACGCAGUAACGAGUUAUGAAGACAAAGUUGAACAACCGAUGACGCCCGCUUUCAAUUUUAGUAGAAAAUUAGAUAUACCAGGUUUAGUAGACAUGGCGAAAUAUGUUGCACGUGGGUUGGAAACAAAAUUUGAUAUGUUGAAAAAAUUUAACGAAACCUUUGAAUACUUACUACGUCAGCAGUCAAAUAUAACUACUACUGACUCUCCUACAACAGAUACUCCGUCUACAUCUACAGUUUCAACAAUAAACUUUGACGAUGCUCAUCUUGUUGCUAAGUGCUUCGUUUGUGGCCUAGAUGAGCAAGGAAUUCCAAUUUCAUCGGCCUGUGCCGACGCCUUUUCUGGUGACUUUAUACCUCUAGUGAAAGUAGAUCCAAAGGCGAGAGGACAGUUAGCAAGUUACAGAAAAUAUUGUCGAUACCUGGACGUCCCCAACUAUUUAGAAACGCCGGACGAGCCACAGUCCCAAUUCGGGAGGUUUACAGGAGGGUGCUCGGUGCGUUGGGUAGAUCUUACUGGGGUGUAUUCCCAGCGCACCUGCCGUAAUCGACGCCGUGCGGUCACCGGUAAACACUUUGGCAGCAAACGAAUGGCCAAGCUGGAAAUGACGCUAUCGGACUUGGAAGACGGCUGCAUCAUCAGUCCCAUGGCGACGCUGCUCCCCGUGACCCGCAGCAUUUCCCUGUACGCGCGGUUCCAUGCCUGCGUUUUACUUGGUAACAUAUCAGCCGCUCAACUUCGCCAGUGGGCUAGAGGCGGGGCCGCGAACAGACUGGAGCGAGCAGUGCUUGCGGGGCAGGGCCGCCGGCUGCUGAGCGAGGCCGAGGCUCUGCCCCUCUCGCAUCAUCUGCCGACGUUGGUCGCCAAGUGCGACGCCCUCCACGCGGCUGUCGAGAGAGGAUCCCUUUCAGAACUCCAGCCCGAUUCUAAGAAGUAA